ACUUUUUUUCAACAUGCAGAUUUUCCACCAAGUGCCACUGACAAUCUCUAACUCACUCACCGUCGUCGAUAGCCAAGAUGAGGGUCGAUCCCUGUUAUUUCUGUGGCCGCCCGUCGUUCCCUUCAAAGGGAAUUACGUUUGUACGUAACGAUGCCCGGGCUUUCAGAUUCUGCCGGUCGAAGUGCCACCGCAACUUCAAGAUGAAGCGCAACCCCCGCAAGCUGAAGUGGACCAAGGCGUACCGCCGCAACAACAACAAGGAGAUGACGGUGGACACGACGCUCAUGUUCGCGGCGCGGCGCAACGUUCCCGUCCGGUACGACCGCGAGCUCGUGGCCAAGACGCUCAAGGCGAUGGAGCGGGUCGGCGAGGUGCGGGCGCGGCGCGAGCGGGCCUUCUACAAGCGCCGCAUGGCCGGCAAGCGGGCGCGCGAGCUCGCCACGGCGCGCAAGCUCGUCGCCGAGAACGAGCACCUGCUGCCGCGCCUGCGCGGCAGCGAGAAGCGCCGCAUCGCCGAGCUGGCGGCCGAGACGGGCGCCGACGUCGAGGAGCUGGAGGCCGCCGCCGCGGCACAGGCCGCCAAGAAGAAGUCGGGCAAGGCGUUCGGCGGCGAGGUGCGCAGGCAGAGGGUCCGGGUCGACGGCGGUGUCGAGGAGAUCACCGAGCGGGUGGUUGGCCAGGCUGGGGACGACGACUUCGACGACGACGACGACGAUGACGACGACGACGACAUGGACAUGGACUAAAUUGGGGGUAGUUCUGCAUGGCGGUCUUGUUGGUGGCAUACACAAAAAGCGUUGGAAUUACGAUGCCCGUCGGACUUCAC